AUGGCACCCCCACUCCCACGAAAUAAUCGUACAACUGUUCGCCGUUCAAAAUCAGCACGUGCUGGUGUUUUGUUUUCCGUACCGCGUUUUCAUCGAUAUUUAAAAAAAUCUAAUCCCAAACAACGUGUCACAUUGGCUGCGAGUGUUUACUGUGCAGCUGUUAUUGAGUAUUUAACGGCUGAGGUUUUAGAAUUAUCAGGAAAUGCAGCAAAAGAUCAUAAAAAGCAACGUAUAAAUGCUAGACAUAUAUUUUUGGCUGUUAGUAUAGAUGAAGAGUUAAAAAAAUUACUCCAUGGAGUUACGAUUCCUCAGGGUGGUGUUUUACCGCAUAUUGAUUCAUUCUUAUUAAAAAAUAAGUCAGCCAAUGAUGAACAUGAUACAUCACAAAAAUCAUCUCGACCGUCUACAUUACCACCGGCACCAUCCAGCGGUUCCGCUGCCGCAAAACAAGGUAAAUCAGGCGGUGCAAAACCCAAAGGCUUGUCAUCAGCUACUCCAUCCGCUGCACAAAAGAAAUCUGUUGCUGCUAUUACACAUUCACCAACAGCUUAG